UGCUGGAGCUUGAACCGGCAGAGGCUAAAGUUGUGAUCCUUUAUCGUAUCCUCAGCUUAUUCAGUUCAUUCAUUAUUCCAUGCAUCCAUUCAUUCAUUUGCUUUAUUUGAUGAGCUGAGUAUUCCCUUAAUAUUCUCUUAACCCAUGACGGAGAGCAUAAUGAGUAAGCCCUGGCCGCUGAUUGCCCAAAACUUAUCAACAGGACAGAGGCGAUACCAGGAAGGUAUGUGAUCUAAGAACUCCAAUGCAGAUGCAAGAUGGAGUGUGAUUCCAGUCCCAGGAGGGGACAGAAAAGAGAGAGAGAGCUACAUGAGGGAGGUGAAUGGUGCAGUAAAUGACUUGCAUUUCUGGCCUUUUUUUUUUUUUUCUUCAGAUGGGUUCUUCUGCAAAAUAAGAGGUCAGAAUGAGUGCAGUCAAGGCCCCACAGAAAAAGGUCCGUGACUUUAGAGCCCCGGAGUACUUUGGUGGCGAGUGACAGGAACCCAACUCAAAUAGGCUUAAAUUGAAAAAAGAUGGGGAAUUUAUAGCAUCAUAUACUUGAUUGGUUCAAGAGCAGAUUAGGUGUCAGGGUUUCAGGCAUAGCUGAAUCCAGACAUCCAAAUCAGGCUUUCUGCAGACUCUCUCUUCAGACCCAUUUGCUUAUUAGGGCCAGGAUGAAAAUGUUGAGUCUUAACCUUUUCAAAGUUCUAGACAUGUUUUGGCAACAGCCCCAUCUUCCAUUUGAUCUGCUUUCCCCAGCUCCACUGUUCUGCCCAGAGCUUUUCUUCCUGCCUUUUUUUACUUCUUUUGCUGCUCUUCUCUGCUAGGUGAAGGUUGACAAAGGGUGAGCUUGGGGAAGCUUUGGGAAGAGAACCCUACAGCCUGGAUUGUUAUACUACAAUACUUCCUGGAAGAGCCAGAGUGAGGGGCUAAAACACAAGGUUGGAGGUUAAAAAGAGACUGGACCAUGAAGGGCCUUCCAAGUAACACUAAGAAGUUUAGCCACUCUCUUGAAAGUAAUAGGGAGCCAUUGAAGGUUAUAGCACGUGUGUAUAUGGAUUUGCAUUUCACUGUCAGAAAGAGCCUCUGCCGUGGAAGGGAGCAGGACUGGUGGAGCCAGUGGGCUGUUGCAGUGUUUCAGGAGAAAACCACAAUAGCCUUAUGAGCCAGUGACAGCCACAGGGAUGGAAAAACGUAGAAAAUUCAUGAAAUAUUGACAGGACUUGGUGCAGUUUAGAUACAAUAGGUAAAGAAGUGGGAAGUUUCUGUUUUGAGGGGCGAAACAGAGUGGCGUAUCUGGGGGGAAAUGAUGAGCUUGGUUUGUGUUUCUUGGGUCAGAGGUGCUUGAGGGACAUCUGGCUGAUGAUGUCUGUGGGGGAGGGUGGGCAGGUCUCGGGCUCACAGAAGUGGAGAGAGGUCAGGGCUUCUGUGCUCCAUCAUGUCAGCACCGGGGUGGUGCCUGAGGAGGUGCCCCAUCCUGCCUGCUGGGCUUGGUUGCACCACAUCGGAAUACAGAACUUCCAGUGACUCAGGGUGACCACAGAGACCUCUUCAGAAAGCAGCCUCGCAGCAGGACAUGUCUGGGAGGAGUUUUGAGGGCGAGGGGAAGGGGAAGGAAGGGGAGGGACAGCACUGGCCUGUGAAACACUGAGCUCUUCUUUGCAGAUCUGGAGCCAACAGCCAGGCCUGAGGACCCUUGUUGGGCUCCUCCCACACAUCUGACCCCUUGGGCUGCUGGCCUUGCAGGACAGGACUGUGGGGGAGCUCAUCCGCCAGAAGAUUCGGGGAGCUGAAGAGCUGUAGUCAAGCCAAGAACUGCCUGUGUGCAGAAAAACAACCGUUCUGCUUUCCAUUCUGCUGCCCAAGACAACCACAUCCUCCUCACAACACCCCACAGGCUUCCAUGGAGAGCUCAGAUGCAGAACUGGACCUCCAGAGGAGCGUGCAAGCUGUGCUCCGGGAACUCAGUGCCCAGACCUCAGCCCUGCAGGGCAACCAGGGCAUGUGGAGAUGGUCCCUGCACAAGAAGGUAGAGCGAGACCCUGGGAGGAACCCCGUGCUGGUCCGUAUUCUGCUCAGAGAGCUGGAGAAGGCAGAGAGCAAGGACCUUUGGCACAUCAUCAUUCCCCUGCUGCACACGCUGAUGUACGUGCUCACUAAGGCCACAGGCAUCACAGAAGAGCUCUACCAUAGAACCUACACCUUCUGCACCAGGUUACUGACCCUGCCCACCCCCUACUGCACGGUCGCUUUGGAUUGCGCCAUAAGGCUGAAAACAGAGAUAGCAGCUCCAGGGACGCUGUACCAGAGGACCGUCCUUGCUGAACAGAACCUGAUGAGUGAAAUGUAUCCCUACCAGGAGAGAGUGUUCCUCUUCGUGGACCCCGAGCUGGUGUCUGCCUCCGUGUGCAGUGCCCUGCUGCUGGAGAUCGAGGCGGCCCAGGGGCAGCAGACACCUGAGGCCUGCAUGCGCCACGUGGUCUGCCACGCCCUGCAGGCGGCUCUGGGGGAGGCCUGCCACGCGGGCGCUCUCCACAGGAAGCUGCAGGCCACCUCCCGCCGCGUCCUGGAGCACUACUUCCACGCUGUGGUGGCUGCUGUGGAGCAGAUGGCAGUCGAGGCCAGCCCCAACCGCGCGGGACCCCUGGAGAGACUGGAUUGCAUAUAUUGCUCCUGUUGUGGUCCUCACAGCCUGCUCCUUUCUUCAGGUGACCCUCCCCAGGACCGGCCACCAAGCAUCCCCCUGCCCAGUCCCUACAUCACCUUCCACCUGUGGACCGACCAGGAGCAGCUCUGGAAGGAGCUGGUGCUCUUUCUGAGCCCGAAAUCCCAGCUGCGCCUCAGUGCUGACUUGGAAGCCUUGGAUCUGCAGGGCCUGGGGCCAGAUGGGGACUUUGCCCGGGUGUCGGUGCUGUCCACAGACAGUGGUAUUGAGCGGGACUUUCCUUUGGGGGCCGAUGAACUCCCUGACCCGAGCAGUCCUGAGAUAGAGCGAGCCGGACUGCAGCGCAAAGGGGGCAUCAAGAAGCGUGUGUGGCCCCCAGAUUUCUCCAUGCCUGGCAGCUGGGAUGGGCCACCAGGGCUGCACCGGAGGACGGGCAGGCCCGGCGGGGAUGGGGAGCUGCUGCCCGGAGUGUCCCGGGUGCACACGGCCCGGGUCCUGGUGCUAGGGGAUGACAGGAUGCUGGGGCGCCUGGCCCAGGCCUACCACAGACUCAGGAAACGGGAGACCCAGAAGUUCUGCCUCACCCCCAGACUCAGCCUACAACUGUACUACAUCCCGGUGCUGGCACCCCAGGAGCCCGCAGCAUCCAGGUCGCCUGAACUGGGAGAGCUGGCCACCUUCUUGGGCCGCGCAGAUCCUUGGUACGAGAGCACUGUCAACACCCUGUGUUCCGCCAUCCACAAACUGGCUGAGAUGCCCCUCUGUCUGGACACAACUCGGACCGUGGACCCCUUCAUCCUUGACGUCAUCACCUACUAUGUUCGCAUGGGCACCCAGCCCAUCUAUUUCCAGAUCUACACAGUCAAGAUCUUCAGCGACCUGAGCCAGGACUCAGUAGAGGACAUUUUCCUUACUGAGCUGAAGGUGAAGAUCCAAGACUCCAAAUCCCCCAAAGAGGGAGCUUCACCAAGAAGGAGAGGGGUCACUGAGAGCCCAGGUGCUGAGCUCUCCAUCUGCUACCAGAAGGCUCUGCUCAGCCAUCGGCCCAGAGAGGUCACCAUUUCCCUGAGGGCAACGGGGUUGGUCCUGAAGGCCAUUCCAGACAGUGACACUGAAGGGUCCCCCCAUUGCCCCCCAGCUGCUGUUCCUGUGACGGCUCACACGUAUCUGAACGUCAUCGUGACAGAGGCUGUCAAGUCCUCCAACCUGGCAGGAAGGUCCUUCUCUACAGUGACACAUACCUUCCGGACCUCCAGUAUCCAGAUCCAGAGCCAAGAGCAGAAGCUGCUGAUGCUACUGUUGGACAAAGACAAUCGGCGCACUUUCAGAGAUGUGGUCAGAUUCGAAGUGGGUCCCUGCCCAGAGCCGUGUUCCAGAACCCAGAAGUCCAAGACAUCAUGGCUCAGUUCGCACGGACAGAAGGAAAUGAACACAACCCAAGGCACAUCCAAACCCCUUCUCAUGCCCAUCAACACAUUCUCUGGCAUCAUCCAGUGAGUCUGCCUGGGUAGCAGAAGAUCUGGGUCCAAGAGCAGAGGGCCCAACAGGAAGGAACUACUAUCCCACUGAACCCCUGGGACUCACACUCAAAGCCAGAAGAAGCCCAGCUCCACUGGGCAGCUCUGGAUUUGAAUAGGAGCCAGUGAAUGCCUGGGAGCCCAGGGAACCUGGCUGUGCAGCUAUGUGAGGGAGAAGGAUCUAACCAAGGCCAGAGGAUCACUCAGGCAAAGCAGUGACUGCAUGACAGCAGGCACACAGCCCAGCUCCUUCCAUGAAUGCCCACUCCUUCAUUCACCUUAACCCCCUCUUCUACUGUCUUGGUCUACUCAAACUCCCCACCCAGCCCUAAAACCAAGGGCAGAGCUGCUGUGCAGCCAGAGCCCUGUGGAUGAGGGGAAAGUCAGAAGUACAUAAGGACCGUUGCACCUGCUCCCUCCCACCCCAAGCCAGGGACUCUCCCAGGGAAGAAGAGAAUGUCAGAUUCAAUAAAUUCACACUAAUGUGUUUCCAUUCUCAUCGAUCACUGGAUAACAUUUAUAUUUUAAUAGAAAACAGGGAGUAGAUCUUAAUAUAACCCAGUAUGAUUAUGUGAAGUAUUAACUGCUAUGUUGUCUGUCUUCCUCUCCACAUUCACCUUAACUCAAGGAUUCUCCUGACCAGCACUGUCCCCCAGUAGGUGGUAAUGCAGGGUAGUUUCAAGGAGCCAAAAAUUAAAGGCAGCAAAAUCUUUAGCAUCUGAACUGAAGAACUUGUAUCCAGGUAUAAAAUAGGAGAGAUUGAUAACCCAACUCCACGUUGAGUCCACCUCUAGGACUAGGUGUGGGGUGGAGAAAGAACACAAACACUCAGAUUAAAGCCUAUUCCUGACCCUGACACCCUGACAGAGUCCCCUGGGGAGUUGGCUGUGGGGGCAGAGGUGGAAGAAUUCCUUUGAAGUUUGGGGAACUGACAGUAAAGAGGUAGGCACUUCACUUUUGGCCUCACUGCCCAAGGAGUAGGGCAAGUCUCAUACUGUUGUUUUGUCUUUUGUACCAGUGACCAAACUCUAGACCUUGCACUUUCGAGGCAGG